GUAGUCCUAGCAGCGCUGCUUAUUUACUCACUUCCCCAGACCCAAACACGCUGCUCCUCCGCACGCACGCUCGGAUUGGGGCUGCCGCGAGGAUUCGUUCCCUUUCUGGGUUUCGCGCGUCCUGAUCCUCCUUCAUUCCCUACUCCCGGUAUGCAACUCUGAGCCUGCCGGGACCUUCCUGGAGCCGUUGGGCCUUCGGGACCCUCUCCCAGCUCUCGGCGUGGAAAUCCAGCUUCAUUGAUAAGAAGACCUUGUGUUAGAUGACAGGAAGAGCUGUAGAGUUUGCAAAUGUCAACCAUGGCCUUUCUAAGCGUGUUGGUAGCAUCAAUGCCAGAAAGACGGCACAUGUGGCUGGUGGAUGCUAUGUUGACAGUGCAGUUGUGGAAGGUGGAGAGAGUUAUGACACAAAUUUAAUAAAAAGGUCCUAUUACUGCUGGAUUGUGCAAGAUUUUUAACCCUAUUUUUUUUGAAUUAUGAUUUAAAUAUCAAACAUCUUAAAUUUUAUCAAAGGGAAGCAUUUUAGUUUUGCAAAUCAAAAUGCCAAGGAAAAGGAAAAAUCUUGGGGGAAACCCUUUUCGGAAGACUGAAAACUCUAAGGAAGUUGUGUCCGGUGUUGCUAGUCGUGGGGCACCAACUACUGCUCUUCUUUCUGUGCGUGAGACGAAAAUUGAUCAGGAAGAACUCUUCACCAGUAUCUCAGAGAUGUUUUCUGAUCUGGAUCCUGAUGUAGUGUAUUUGAUGCUUUCUGAAUGUGAUUUCGAAGUUGAAAAUGCCAUGGACUGUCUGUUAGAAUUAUCUGCCACUGAUACCAAGGUAGAAGAACCAUCUUCAAAAGCCUCUGUUGCUUCUGAGAACCAGCUAAGAGAAACAGAAAGUGAAAUAAUGGAAAAGUGUCCACAUAAAGAAGAGAGUGAAGAUUCAAAACUGAAUUCAGUUUUGGAUAUGCAGCUAACCGACGACUUGGAUUCCUUAAUAGAGAAUGCUUUUGAGAAGUUGAACACGUCUUCUGAUGACCAAGUAUCAGUUUUGCCUUUGCAAGAUGUUAAUAGUCUUAAUAAUUCCAGUCAGUUUACAAAUUCACAUUCAGAUAGUAUGACAACUAUUCUUUCUACACAAAAUUUAGAUUUGAACAGUGAAAAUUCAGAGAUUUCUGCCUCUGCAUUAAAUUCAAAACCAUUAACUUCACAUUCAGUUUUGAAUGAGGCCAAAAGUUUUAUGAAGGAUAACACAUUAACACUGGAACAUAGCUAUUCAGAAGAUUCUCUUCUCAGUGGUUCUUUAAAUCUCGCAGAUGACUCUAUUGUGGAUUGUAGCAGUCUUAAUCAAAGACAGAAGGUGCUUUUAGAUUCCAACUGUGUUGAGACUCAGCUCUCUCCAGCCCCUGUAGAUUUGGAUGCCAAUGUACCUCAGGGUCCUUUAAACCUUACUGUGCUGCAAAAUCCUGAGCUUGACUUAGCAGGUACAGGUGAGGGUCAGAAAUCUGUUUCUAUCUCUGGUGUUUUUGUACCUUCUGAAGUGUUUAAUUUCAAACUGCACAAACAUACUGAACUGCCACCGAAGGAGAAGAAUGUGAAUUACUGCCCAGUACUUCAUCCUGUCCCUUUACUGCUUCCUCCUCCUCCACCACCAAUGUGGAAUCCAAUGAUUCCCACUUUUGACCUCUUUCAAGGAAACCAUGGCUUUAUAGCUCCCAUCGUAACCCCAGCUGCGCACUGGAGACCUGUCAGCUACACGUUUCCACACUCAGUCAUUUCUCACACUUCCCCACCACAAGUAUGGCGAAAUCAAGAGGGAGCAAGUGCUUUUCAAAUACAAGAGGCUGCUGUUUCUCAGGUUGUAAGAAAGAAGACAACUUACGUUGGACUAGUGCUUGUUCUUCUCAGAGGGCUUCCAGGAUCAGGAAAAUCUUUCCUGGCAAGGACUUUGCAACAAGAUAAUCCAACUGGAAUUAUUCUUAGUACUGAUGAUUAUUUUUAUAUAAAUGGGCAAUACCAGUUUGAUGUAAAGUACUUAGAAGAAGCACAUGAAUGGAACCAUAAUCGUGCGAAAGAAGCAUUUGAGAAGAAGAUAUCACCAAUCAUAAUUGAUAAUACAAACCUACAAGCAUGGGAAAUGAAACCAUAUGUUAUUUUGUCACAGAAACACAAAUAUAAAGUCCUUUUCCGGGAACCAGACACAUGGUGGAAGUUCAAACCAAAGGAACUUGCAAGGCGAAACAUUCAUGGGAUAAGCAAAGAAAAAAUAACAAGAAUGUUGGAAAACUAUCAGCGUUUUGUUUCGGUGCCUAUAAUCAUGAGCUCUUCAGUACCAGAGAAAAUUGAAUGUAUUGAGUUGUGUGCAUAUUCUUGUGAAGGCCAAAGUCCCAGCUCAAGAGACAAUGAAGACAAUACCUCUGAAAAAGAAGAAAAUGUUUUGUCUUCAUAUUUGCCACACCUAGAGUCCAUUGAAGAGAAGAGUCUCGAAGUGACUGAAGAAACCUUGUUACCAGAGAAUGUUACAUGUCUUUCUCAUGAAGAUUCAGACAAAGGAAGAGAAGAUUUAAGUGGUAUCAAUCAUAGCACUCAGAGUACUUUUAUUCAGGAAACUCCAGACGCAUGUCUUUCUGACUCUGAAAGCAGAGUUCAAGCAAGUCUUUCUGACUCUGAAAGCAGAGUUCAAGCAACGGACAAGAGGGAAAAAGAAAAGGUAUUAGUAAUAACCUAUAGGAAAGAAUGUACUGAAACCAGUUCAGAUAGCCCUGUAGAGAGAAUAUCACCUACUAUUUGCUGCAGGGAAGGUAAUCAGGAUGAAUUUGAUUUUGGAAACAUGGGACCAUUUCAAAAUGAAAAAUCUCCAACUGGUGAAAUAUUAGAAGAAAGAAUCACAGUAAAGAAAAAAGCUGUUGGGAAACAAAAAAGCAGAUCAUCUGAAGAAAAGUUUCCAAGACUUGAGCUAUCAAAUUUUGUUGGUGAUUGGCCAGUUGAGAAGACUAUUGGUCAGAGGAUGAAAAGGAACCGGAAAACUGAAAAAGCUUCUCCACAAAGUGACAAAAAGUUUAAUUGCCCACAGUCAUGCACAGUAUUAGAUAAUAGUGUAUCUGUGAAUACAGAUCUUGUCCAGCAGCAAGGAUCUUCACAGGAAAGUGCAAAGGAGUCACAGUGUGAUGAUCCUUCAGAAUUGUUCAGUAGCUAUAAAUACGAAACUUUUAAACCUACUGAAGAAAACUCAUUCAGCAUUAUUGGUGACUGGCCAUGUGAUUCUUUAGCUCAGAGAGAACACAGAUCAAGAAUGCCAAAGGUUGAUAUAAGUAAAUCCAAGAUAGAAUUUGGAACUAAUAACAUUAUAAAUGAAAUAUCCUUGUACCCAGCACAUGAGACCUGUUGGGGUACAAGCCUUGAAGAACUAAAAAUGUUGGGUACCUCUACUCUGCCGGGUUCUGAGAUGCCCAGGGAAAUGACCUGUGAGAAUCAGACUUACUUAAAUAAGCAGAUUCCUGGGUCACACACAUUGCCUCUUUCUUUUACUAGCAGUGUAGCAGUGGCUUCUGGAGGACUAGGACCACAGAUGUUAGCUGACUUCCCAGGGGAAAGGUCUAAAACAGGCCCUGAAGGAGAAGUAGGUACGUGUACCCAGACUGACCCACAGGAUUUUGCCCUCAUAUGGAAAAUAGAAAGGAAUAAAAUCAGAGUUUCAGAUUCUAUCAAAAUGUUAACAGGAAGAUCGGAUGGAUUUAAACCGAAAGCUUUCGGUACUAACACAAAAGCAAAUGUUCAACAAACAAUUCCAUAUAGGGUAAUGCAUGAUAAAAGCACGUUUGUUGAGGAAGAUGAGCUUACCAGUAUUGAUGAAUCUGAAAAUCUUAACAUUCUUUGUAAACUAUUUGGAUCCUUUUCAUUAGAAGCCCUGAAAGACUUAUAUGAGAGGUGUAAUAAAGAUAUUAUCUGGACUACAAGCCUUCUGUUGGACUCUGACAUUAAACUGUGUGAGGAUACAGAAUUUGGGAAUUUCCGAAAACCAUGUGGUAAGCCACAAUUUGGGCCAUUUUCUUUGGGAUCUGAUUUGUUGAAGGAGGUUACUAGCCAAAAAGGCACCUUAGAAGAUUCUAAUUCUGUGCCAGAGUUUCACAGAAAUAGCACCAAUAACAGUAAUGCACAGCCUACCUGGGAUACAGAAAAGGGAAACUCAGAGCAGGCAGAAAUACAAGGUAUAACUCCUGAAAAUCCUGAAAUAAUAAAUACAUUUCCUGCUGCUACUGUAGAUGUAAAGAGUAAUGAUGCAGUACUUCCUAACAGUCAGGCAGAAUUUUCUGACUUAUGUAACUUUAAUCAUUCUUUUCCAGCUGUUCAAAAAUCCCCUAAACCUAAUGAUUUAAGUGAAAUAAAGAAUAGUCUAGUAGCCACAGAGGCUGGAGAUGCUAUACAUUCACCUUUAAAUUUGUCUGAUACUCCAAACUGUGUAGCAAGCACUUCAGAUCUUGAGUUAAAUAAAGAAGUUCACUUUACAGAGAAUUUUGACAUAAAGAAAAGUGAAAAUCUUCUAAGAGAUUUUGAGAAAUUUGUAGAUACAGAAGAAUUUAUGAAUGAAGAUGAACAGGAAAUGGAGAAAAUUCUAAUGGAAGGAAGUUUGUCAGCUGGAAUUGGUGAAGAAGACAAAAUUGAGUUACUGAAUCCCACACCAAUGAUGGCCAAAUCUUUGACCAUAGACUGUCUGGAAUUGGCAUUACCCCCUGAACUGGCUUUUCAACUUCAUGAAUUAUUUGGUCCAGUUGGUAUUGAUUCAGGAUCUCUAACAGUUGAGGAUUGUGUGGUUCAUAUAGAUCUGAAUCUGGCUAAAGUGAUUCAUGAGAAAUGGAAAGAAUCUGUAAUGGAGCGACAGAGACAAGAGGAAAUGUCUUGUGGCAAGUGUAUACAAGAUCCUUCCUUGGUUGGAAAUACUGGUCUUGAUAAUCCUGAACAGAAAGUAGACAGAAAAUUACUGCAGACUUUAGCAACAUCUGAAAUGCUGCCCUUCUUGGAUCACUGGAAUACUCAAACUAGAAAAGUAUCACUCAGAGAAAUAAUGUCAGAAGAAAUUGCCAUACAGGAAAAGCUUGAUUUGAAAAGGGAGACACUUACUUUUGAAAAAGAUUGUGCAACUAAACUGAAGGAGAAGCAACUGUUUGAGAUGUUUCCAACCAUUGAUCGAAAUUUUCUGAUGGAUAUUUUCAAGGAUCACAACUAUUCAUUAGAACCAACACUGCAGUUUCUAAACUGUGUUCUUGAAGGAGAACCUGUAAAAACAGUUGUAGCUCAAGAAUUUGUUCACCAAAAUGAGACUGUCACUUCUCACACUGCGCAGAAGUCUAAAGAGAAAAAGGCAAAAAAAUUAAAGGAAACUGAAGAUACUCUGAGUGAGUCAUCUUUCCAGGAUUUCGAGUACCCCAGAUAUGACGACUACAGGGCAGAGGCCUUCUUGCACCAGCAGAGGAGAAUAGAGUGCUACGGCAAGGCGAAGGAGGCCUAUCUGAAGGGGAGGAAGCAUGUGGCCACCUUUUAUGCCCAGCAGGGCAGUUUUCAUGAGCGGAAGAUGAAGCAAGCCAAUCACCUUGCUGCCAUGGAGAUCUUUGAGACAGUCAAUGCCUCCCUGCUGCCACAGAAUGUUUUGGACCUUCAUGGGCUGCAUGUGGAUGAAGCUAUAAAACAUCUGAUGACAGUUUUACAGCAGAAAACCGAAGAGUUUAAGCAGAAUGGUGGUAAGAACUAUCUUUCUGUAAUUACGGGGAGAGGAAACCACAGCCAGGGAGGAGUUGCGCGCAUCAAACCAGCUGUCAUUAAAUACCUCACAAGCCAUAGUUACAGGUUCUCUGAAAUUAAACCAGGGUGCUUGAAAGUCAUGUUAAAGUAAAAUAAACGUCCUUGACUUAAAAGUGUGGAGGAAACAGAUUUAAAUGUUUGUGUGGACAAAGGAGUGUCAUUUAUAAGGUAAAGUAAGUUUAUAUAGAGUAUAUAUUAAUGGUGCUUAUUUUAAAAAUGUAAUUGGUUUACAGUAUUAAUGCCUUUUUACAGAAUUUAAUAGAGAAACAAAGCUGGAAGAUGCCUGCGUACUCAAGAGCCUUUUGUAACUUCAUGCUGUAUGAUGACAGAGUUUAUUAUUUUCCUUAAAGUUGAAUUGACUUUUAGGGUCCAAAUGAUGAACCUGUUAAUAAUAAAUAACUAAAUUAACAUUGAGACUUCUCAUUAAAAUGUAACAUUGCAGCUGUUAGAGAAUAUAUUAUAAAAUUUUUAGAUCAUAUGUCAGAAACAAAAUACUUCUAUUUGUACUAUAAAGAAAGUGUAAUUUUGCUGUUAAUUCUUGUACUUUUUUAUUGAAAAUAUUUGUAAUUUUGCUUUUAAAUUUCUUACAAAGACAUUUGCAGAUCAUACAUUUAAUUUAAUAAAAUACUUUAAUCACA